AUGCAGAAGUGUCCAGACGAUAACAACACCAUCAACAAUAUGUUCAACGAACAUACAGCGAGGGGUCUGAGUGGGUCUGCUAUAUCAUACUCCGAGGGACUGUCAGCGGUUUCGUCGUUUGGAACUUCAUUUGAUAAUCACUAUUACAAGACUCUGACAAGAGGACGAGGGCUGCUGUUUGCUGAUCAACAGUUGAUGGCUAAUGAAAAGACGGCAGCGGUGGUGAUGGAUUAUGCUUUGGAUGAGAGGGCUAUAUUUAGGACUGAGUUUGCUCAUGCCAUGGAUAAAUUGUCAAAUAUUGGCGUUCUUACUGGAUUCCAAGGAGAAGUUCGGCACAGUUGCUCCUGCUCCCAUCUCAAUUCUGAUCAACGAGAACUAUCGGUAGGAGUAGCCUAG